AUGCCCAAACGCGUCACAAUUUUCGACCCGCCCGCGCAAAACCAUUCCAAGGCGCUGAUCGAGAAUGUCCUCGAUCUGACCCCGGUGGUCGACCUCGGUCCAGACGUCUUCACCAACACGCGACCAUUAUGGCACCCCCCAGGGGCCCGAGGCAUCUACGGCGGAGCUGCGAUCGCGCAGUCUCUGUCCGCCGCCAUGCGAACCGUCCCCGCCGACUACGCCGUCCACAGCAUGCACUGCUACUUCGUGCUGGCCGGUGACUCCGAGAUUCCAAUCCUAUAUCACGUCGAGCGCGUCCGCGAUGGGCGAAGCUUCAUAACUCGGACCGUGCAAGCGCGACAGCGCGGCCGACCGAUCUUCACAACCACGCUGAGCUUCAGCCGUGUCGGCAGCGGUGGUCAAAAGACUAUCCACCACCAGGCUGCUAAGCCGCAGGUGACCUUACCGGAAGCUCAGCCGGGAACCCUUCGGGCGCUCAGUAACGCGGGCGGUGGUCCUUUCGAGUCGCUGAAGGCGGGAAUUGUGAACCGCACGUCCGAUAAGCCGGAGGAGAAGAAGGUCCGUCGCUAUAUUCGUGCCCGCGGCCAUAUUUCCGAGGAGGGUGGCUACCAAGCUCACCUAUCGGCGCUGGCAUAUGUCACCGACAGUUUCUUUAUUGGAUCGGUUUCAAUCGUGCAUGACAUCCCUCGGUUCUCCUCCCCUGCUGAGCUGGAGAAGCUACUGAAUGCCCUGAAGAACCCGUCCGACCUUGACGACGAGGACGUCACGCGGGCUCUGACGGAGCUCAAGGAAGAGGAAGCGGCUGAUCUCCGCCGCCGCAUUGAAGGUGCGCUGGACAAGGCCGAUGGAAAUAAGGAGGAUCACAAGGAGGUCGGUAUGAUGGUCAGUCUUGACCAUUCCAUCUACUUCCACAAUCCGCUGGCAUUCCGGGCGGAUGAGUGGAUGUUGACGGAGAUGGAGAGUCCUUGGGCUGGCGAGGGCCGAGGCCUGGCGAUCCAGAAGAUCUGGUCGAAAGAUGGUGUUCUAAUUGCUACCUGCACGCAAGAGGUAUGGCUCUUCCCUUCCGCGCGCUUGCCGCAACCCAUGCUAACAUGA